CGCUGCGUCUAGUGGAAGGAACGACGGUCACGUGACUGAUGACGUCACCGACGAAAUGGCAGCCUCCGCAUUUGUGAAUUGACACACGGUCCUAGCUGGUAAACAAAAAGUGCUUCGAUUUCCAAGAGGAGAAUCGCUCCCUCAAAGGCGGAAGGCCUGGACUCCACUAUGUCUCCAAAGAUCACAGGGGAGUUGCUCCGACUGCUUCGGCAGGCAAUGAGGAAUUGUAAAUACUUCUCUGAGCCUUUACAGGCCUACAUAGUCCCAUCAGGAGAUGCACACCAGAGUGAAUACAUUGCACCAUGUGACUGCAGACGUGAAUUUAUUUGUGGAUUUAAUGGAUCUGCAGGUACAGCCAUUGUCACAGAGCAGCAUGCUGCAAUGUGGACUGAUGGUCGAUACUUCCUCCAGGCCAGCCAGCAGAUGGACAACAACUGGUCUCUAAUGAAGAUGGGACUGAAGGAAACACCAUCUCAGGAGGAUUGGCUGAUCAGCGUCUUGCCUGAGAACUCCAAAGUGGGAGUGGAUCCUUGGAUCAUUGCUGCUGACCAGUGGAAGCACAUGUCCAAGGCACUGACCAGUGCAGGCCACUCACUGGUGGCUGUGCAGGACAACCUGAUUGAUGCAGUCUGGAUGGACCGCCCAGAAAGACCGAGCACGCAGCUCCAUGUGCUGGGAUUGGAACACACAGGUAUUUCCUGGCAGGACAAGGUUACCGCACUACGAGGCAAGAUGACAGAGAGGAAAAUCACCUGGUUUGUUGCCACAGCACUGGAUGAGAUUGCAUGGCUUUUCAACCUCCGUGGUGCAGAUAUUAAUUACAACCCAGUUUUCUUUGCGUAUACAAUAGUAGGAAUGAACUCCAUCAGUGAUGGAACCACAGACGUCACACGCACAAUGCAUUUUGGAACGCCAUCUGUUUUUGAGAAGGAAUGCUUUACUUACGUCCUGAAGGGACACAUCGCUGUCAGUGCUGCUGUUUUCCCCAACGGAACAAAAGGUCACCUCUUGGACUCAUUUGCCCGUGCAGCGCUGUGGGAAGCAGGACUAGACUACCUUCACGGUACGGGUCACGGUGUGGGCUGCUUCCUCAACGUCCACGAAGGGCCCUGCGGCAUCAGCUACAAAACCUUCGCGGACGAACCCCUGGAGGCUGGCAUGAUUGUCAGUGACG